UGUUGCAAAAAGCAGGUUAUGCAUCUUUCAGAAAAGAUACACACCAUGGAGAACAGGCAGUUUCUCUCUCCCUCUUUCUCUUUAAUUUUGCACACUGUCUCACAUUCACACUUUGUUCCACCUUGGAGAAAAUGUCGAGGUCUCACUCGCACUCGAUCUUUCUGUAGCCUACCGGUUAACUUGUCAAAAUGUAACAGAUGUAACAGAGCACACAGUUUUCCUUAACAUUGAGUUGGGCUGCUGUCAACAGGCCCUCAGUACGAGAAGAAGAAAAGACCAGCAGACAUCCAACAAAAAGUGUUGUAGGAGAUGCGAGGUCAAAGGAUUGACGUUGAGCAGCUUCUCAGGCAGUCACAGUCUGAACUGCUGUGGAUCCAGCGACAGCUGUCAAUCAUAGCAACAGGAGAUGCCAAUCACGCCAGGGCCCGAAAGAAGCUGAAGCAGGAGGCCCAGCCGUUCCACCUGGCCUCUCACGCAACUCACCAUGUGAAUCGCUGUCGCCUCCUAGAGGAUAAGAACAGAGCUCUUCAAAUAGAGCUAGCCACUCUCAGACAGCAGAAACGGCAACACAGAUCUCUGGAGUCAGAGGUCAACGAGCGGAGGAAAAGGUGUCAGAUCCUUGAGAGAGAAGUGAAGAAUAAGGCAUUAGAAUGUAAGACUUUGAAGAAUGAGCUUCAGGAUGCUUUGCUGGAGAGAAAACGGCUCAAUCGUGAGCUGCUUAGUCACACCCUGAAGGCCACACAGUAUGAGAAGGUAAAGUCUGAUUAUGAUCAGCUCAGGAAGGCUUUUGUUUGUGUGAGUCAAGAGAGAGACGCUGCCAGGCAGGAGAAGGCUCAGCUCCAAGACAAACUGGAGAACCUUGAACAGGUCCUUAAGCAUAUGCGAGAGGCUGCAGAUCGGCGGCAGCAACUGGAGGCAGAGCAUGAGAAGGCCUUGGCUUUCCUCAGCUCCAGACAGCAGGAGAUCAAUCUUCUACAGAAGGUUCAGGUUGAAGCUGAAAAAGAGCACGAAGAAGUGGUGCAUCUGCUAGAGGUCAAGGUUCAUGACUUAGAGCAGAAAUGCCGGACACAGAGUGAGCAGUGCAACAUUUUGUCGAAAGAGCUGGAGAAAUAUCACCUGGGGUCAGACGCGGAGGAUACACUCAACACUGACUCACAGGAGAAAAACUUGUGCAACAGUUACAACAGCCUGCAGCGCCAGGCAAAAAAAGGUGAUGAGAGAUCUGACAGAUCUCCACUGGUCUCAGAACUGCUCAUAGUACAGCAACACAAGAGAGACAAGCCCACCGUCCAAACCCAGAGUCGAUCCAGCAGCCCCAUGCAAGCAUCCCUCUCAGAGAUGGACAAUGAGGUGAGCCCAGCUCCGAGGUCCAAGACAAGAUACACAGGCCAGGUCCGUCUCUGCACUGCCCGAUACAGUUAUAAUCCCUACGAUGGACCUAAUGAGCAUCCAGAAGCAGAGCUCCCUCUUGUGGCAGGGAAGUAUUUGUACGUAUAUGGAAACAUGGACGAUGAUGGAUUUUAUGAAGGAGAGCUCUUGGAUGGCCAGCGUGGCCUGGUUCCCUCUAAUUUUGUGGAGUUUGUCCAGGACAAGGAAAAGCCAUCUAUCGAGGGUGGAGAGGAGCAGGGCAGGCUGGAGCAGAGCUGUCUGAGCCUGGCAACCAUAGAUGGAGGCGCUCCUCUGGACAGCCUAAGCAGCGACGCUCUCAGCCACUGCAGCAACGGGACAGGCGCUCUGGAUGGAGAGGAGCUGAGUGAUGACAUCGUGCCUUACCCCAGGAAGAUAAACCUGAUCAAACAGCUGGCAAGAAGUGUGAUAGUGGCCUGGGAAGCACCUCUAGUGCCCCUUGGCUGGGGCAACAUCAACUGCUACAAUAUCUUAGUGGAUGGAGAAGUACGUUCCUCGGUGCCAUUUGGAGGCCGGACCAAACUGCUUCUCGAAAAGCUGGACCUGGCUGCCUGCACAUACCGUGUGUCGGUACAGAGCGUGACGGACAGGGGGCUCUCUGAUGAGUUGCGCUGCACCGUGCUGGUGGGCCGCAAUGUUGUGGUGGCACCCACCCAUCUGCGCAUGGAUGAUAUUUUACGUGACUCUGCUGAACUUUCGUGGCUGCCUAGUGAUAGUAACUACAGCCAUGUUGUGUACUUAGAUGGUGUGGAGCAUGCUGUGGUUAAGCCGUGCUCUUACAAACUGCGUUUUGUGAACCUGAAGGCCGCCACAGUGUACAAAGUAAAAGUGUUGGCCAAACCUCACCAGGUGCCCUGGCACAUGCCUCUGGAACAGAGAGAGAAGAGAGAGGCUGGGGUGGAGUUCUGCACCCAAGCUGCAGGACCCCCUCUGCCUCCUCAAGAAGUCCAGGUCCAAUGUGGACAAGCCCCCGGUGUCCUCCAAGUUCGUUGGAAGCCACCUCCAAUGACACCCAUGGGAACCUCCAAUGGUGCAAAUGUCAUUGGCUACGCAGUGUGCACUAAGGGUCAGAGGAUUGCUGAGGUGUUGUAUCCACUGGCAGACUAUGUGGCAAUAGAACUGAACCGUCUCCAGUGCUUGGAGGCCCGUGAGGUUAUUGUCAGGACUUUAUCAGCACAAGGGGAAUCUCAAGACUCCCAUGUCGCCAUCAUUCCAAACCACCUGCUGGUGCCUCUUCCGAAAACCCUUCCUCCUUCUCACCACAUACAGUCACCUCUCCCACCCCAGCAGUCCCAGCCAAUUGCUCCUCAUCCCCAAAUCCGGGCCCUUCCCCCUCACCCUGGACUACAACCACCCACCCAUCUCCAACCCCUUCCUGUUCACCCCAACCAGCCCCCAUCUCAUGUCCAUCCUCACCGUAUGCCCCACCCCACACAGCCCUCUCCACCACACCCCAUCCCUCAACCCCAGCCCACCAUCUCAAUGCCCCAGCCUCAGACAUCCAUGCCUAUGCCUCAGCCCCAACAGCCCAUGGCCAUGCCCCAACCCCAGCCGACCAUCCCCAUGCUUCAACCCCAGCCAGCUAUCCCGAUGCCCCAGCCUCACAUUCCCCAACUGUCCCUUCCCCAAUCCCAAAGACCACUAAGUGCCAGAGAGCUGGAAACCAAAGAGCCAGGGCCUGGAAUGCUUCAUCAUGGAGGGGGCCCACCUCAGCCAUGGGAGCCUGGCUGCUCCCCAUCAGGCAUGCCCACAGGCCUGCCACAUGGACACACCCUGGAUGCCCCGGCCUGCCCGAACCGCCGCUCCCCGUCACCUCAAAGGAUCCUCCCCCAGCCCAGGGGUACACUCAUUCCUGACACUGUGGCCAAGGCUAUUGCCCGAGAGGCAGCCCAAAGAGUGGCUGCAGAGAGUGGACGGAUGGAGAUGAGAAGCCAGGGCUUUCACUCUCAAAAUUCAGAUGAGGAAGAGGAUGAGGAAAGCUUUCAGGCCCGCAGAAGAGGAGCAUCUGUGGAUGACUUCCUCAGGGGCUCAGAGCUGGGCAGGCAGUCUCUUUACAGUCAAAGCGAAGAGUAUCAUACAGAGAGCAGUCGAGGCUCGGACCUCUCGGACAUCAUAGAAGAGGAAGAGGAGGAGUUGUACUCUGAAAUGCAGCAUGAAGAAGGCAGGCGACGAAACUCCCACAAUGCACUCAAGACCGGAGGCAGCACUCCAUCUUCGAGUCAUCUGGAUCGGGAAUCAUACCGGAAGCCAUCUCACCGAGAUCCUCAACCUCAGCGCCGCCCCCUCACGGUCCCCUCCAUUGAUGGAUACCGGGACCGAAGCCGCCGCUCUCCCCCGUACUAUGAUGAGUCUGAGCAGGAGGAUCUGUUUCGAAUCUUUGUGGCACUCUUUGACUAUGACCCUCUCUCCAUGUCCCCUAACCCUGAUGCAGCUGAUGAGGAGCUCCCUUUUAAAGAGGGACAGAUAAUCAAGGUGUAUGGGGAUAAGGAUAAUGAUGGCUUUUAUCGUGGGGAGAUCCGGGGCAGGUCUGGACUUAUUCCCUGUAACAUGGUGUCGGAAAUCCGUGCAGAGGAUGAUGAAACUAUGGAGCAGCUCAUGAAACAGGGAUUCCUCCCUCUCAACACUCCUGUAGACAGAAUAGAACAAAAUAAAAGAGGUCGCCACCCAGUGGCCACAAGACGCAUGGUGGCCCUGUAUGACUAUGACCCCAGAGAGAGCUCCCCAAACGUGGAUGUAGAGGCUGAACUGACAUUCUGUGCUGGUGAUAUUAUUGCUGUUUUUGGGGAUAUAGAUGAAGACGGCUUCUAUUAUGGUGAGCUUAAUGGACAUCGAGGCUUGGUUCCAUCCAAUUUUCUCGAAGAAGUGCCUGAUGACGUGGAGGUCUAUCUGACAGACACUCCAUCCCACCACGGUCAGGACGAGCCCGAUUCAGUCCCGGCACUGCGCCCAGAGACCAAACGGGUGCCUGUGGAAAGUACAGUGUCGGCUCCGCCCCCUGGAAGACCCGCCUCUCCCACUGUGCGUCCUUUGCUUCCCGUUGGCCCAGUCAGGCCGCUGAGCCCCGCCAGGGGUCCACGAGACCUGGCAUCUAAAAAGAAAAAAGGACUGCUCUCUAAGGGGAAGAAUCUGCUCAAAAAGUUCUCAAAGUAAAAGUAUGAGAUUGAUUUCAAAUUCAUAUGGCUACAACAGCAUACAGAUUUCUCUCUCAAAAGGGAAACAACCAAUCCCCAGUGUUUCGGAAAAGUCUACCGUGAUUUUUUUUUCUCUCUCUCUCUCUCUCUCACACACACACACACACAAAAUCUAAUCUAAACGGCUUUCACAUUAACAUGCCACAUACAUAUUCUGAAAAAGAUCUAAUAUCCAGAUGAAAAGGAAUGGUGUAUAUAAAGAUGUCACUCUUGUGUCAGUGAGCUUGCUAAUUGGCUGUCAGAAUGAAAGCAUCGAUUCAUACUGUGAUGUAGAGGACAAAGAGAUAUUAUUAAUAUUUAAGGAAUUCCUUCAAUUAUAAUUUUCACAUUUCAAAUCAAAGUGCUGGAUUUUGAAUGAAAUAUUUAAUCUCAUCGAUUUUAAAGUUUGGUAUAGCACUUUAAAUAUGGUCUGACAUUGUCAGUCAAAUAGCGCUAAAUGAUAAAGAACCUCCAGACCAUAUUAAGUACAUUAGCCGGAAACAAGCAGGACCACAAUCAAAAGAAGUAUGUCCAUAGGAAGAUGUGUAAUUUGCAAAAUGGCAUAACUGACCGGAACAGUUUAUGAGCAAAUCCUUUUAAACAUUGCUGUGGCCUUCAUCUAAACUCAGUAAGUACAGUAUAUUACAUCUGAUGUUUCCAUACAUCAGUCUUUGCCAAGUAUCCUCCCCUUCACUUGCUCUAAGAUCUCCCCUUCCUGCGUUAAUCAAGAGAAUGACUCUGAAGUUAUAAAAAUACAAUGAAAAGUUUCUGUGUUUGCCUUUCAAUGCACAAUUUGGUGUGUUUUGGUGAAUGGCUUGUGUGUGUGUGUGUGUGUGUGUGUGUGUCUCCCCUCUGCAUACAUGUUCGUGCAACCCCGUACAACUGAAAAGGGACAAAUGUUGUUAUAAACUUUUGUGAUAAUGUGACGUGCUGCUAAUUACAAGUUGUUUCCUGUUCCUUUCAGUAAGGGUGGUGUCGUCUUCAGAAGAAGAAAUAUUUCAGAAAAGAUGGUGUCUAUAGGUGUCUCCUCGAAUUUCACUUUCUAAGGGCCAGUUUACACAGAAUGCAUUAUUGUGAUGUUUUUUUUAAAAAAUAUAGAUAUUUUCAAUGUAAACAUGCGAAAGACUGAUGUUUGACACUCAUUCUCGUUUUUUUUUUUUUUUUAAAGCAAACGCAGCUUGACUACAUGCAUAGAAACACUGUGUUCUUUGCCAAUCCAUUUUAAACACAAGAAUGCUUUCUGUAUAAACGGAUUUUCAAUGCGAAAAUGACGUUUCUGUCAUUAUUUCUCAUUCUUCCUCUGUGGAACAUAAAAGAAAAAUAUUUAGAGAAAUUUCUCUCACUCUCUCUUUAGUCCCCACAAUGGAAAACUUCAGAUGCCAACAUUCUUCAAAAUAGGCUUGUCUUCUUUUAUAUUUCACAGAAGAAAGAAGUCAUACAGGUUAGAACGACACUUUCAUUUUUGGGUAAACAACCCUUUAACAACCCUGGUUUACACAAAUGGGUCAUGGCUGUUUAUGAGAACAUCAUCUAUAGGCCUAAAUGACAUAUCCUUGCCACUGUUAUCAUUGGCUGUUUUUCCUGAGGUCUUUGCUUGCUAUGGUAGAAUCAAACUCUUUAUAAUACAUAUUCUCAGCUACCAAAAUACAGGUUAAGUAAUACCCUCAGGCAAAACUACCUAUGAUGGCUCAGUUGUCUCAAGCUAUAAUCUAGUAGUUUACAUUAGGGGUGAAAUCAACACGAAACAUCUUGCCCCUGCAACUGGAAAUGCGAGGUAGAGCCAACAUUUGGUGGCAUCACACAAUAAUGUGGCCAGUUGGAUUGCACUCUUGAAUGGUUUGAUCCAGGGUAAAUACUGUGUGUGUUACAGUUUUUUUUUUAACUUUAAAAAAGAUUAUAAUAAAAGUAUACUAUAUUUAAGCAUUUUAAUUAAACAUUAAGACAUUAAUUUGUGGUGAAUGGUAUUUAUUUGUUGUAGACGAAAAACAUGGAGGGUUCUAAUAAUAAUAAUAAUAAUAAUAAUAAUAAUAAUAAUAAUAAUAAUAAUAAAUGGUUGGAUAGCCAAAAAGAAUGUAUGAAAUGUUCAGUUGCCUGUAUAGCUCGCAACAUCAUUUUGCCAUAAAAAUAAAUAAAUAAAAUAAAAGAGAUUACAUAUAUUUUAAUUUAACAGAAAUAUCUCUAAUAUUAUCAUGAAUCCCAAGUGUUUGUGACUGGAUGUUAUAAGUGUUCAUUUCUCGGUUACGCUUUUGUACACCAUUUGUAGAUAAUUUAUAAAUGUUUAUACUUAAUUUAAGGAUUUUAAGACUUUUUUUUUAGUUCUUUAAGAUUUAAUAUUCAACAGUGUAAGUGUUCUCCGUGGUGUCUUCAAGAAAAGAUGCUCAAGACUGCAAUUCCGUGCUUGCUCUGUGAAUUAAAGAGAAAAAAAGAACGUGUUGGUCUAUAUUUACUGAUAUGGACUACUGUGUGGCUGUGCAUGUGUAGAACUGUGUAAAAUAUACAUUUUCUAUGAAAAUAAAUGUGAUAUUUUUCAUAA